AUGAAGUUCGCGACCGACUUUACAGCUCUGUUGGUCGUGCUCCUGUUCCAUGUCCGAAGCUCUACAUCUUCUCAUCCGAAACCUUCGUGUCGUUAUCCUCCAUCGCAAUGGUGUCGCUCCCUGGAGAUUGCAAUUGAAUGCAAGGUGCAGAAGCAGUGCAUGGAACUAAGCGCCGUGCGUCCGCAGGAGGGCGCUCCUCCGGUGUCUGUCACGCUGUACUACGAGAGUUUGUGUCCGGCCUGUAGAGUAUUUAUCACUCAACAGCUCUUCCCCACUUGGACCAUGCUGCAGGACAUCAUGAAGGUUACACUGGUGCCAUAUGGCAACGCUAAGGAGCUGGUGUCGGGCAAUACUACGUUCAGAUGCCAGCAUGGCGAGUCAGAAUGCCAUGGAAACAUGAUUGAGGCCUGCAUCCUAUACCUGUCUGGCCCCACAGCUUUUCAAACCAUUUACUGCAUGGAAUCGGCUGCAGAUGUUCUCAGCGCAGCCCAGCCAUGUCUUCAGAUGCACGCCCCUGCUGUCUCCUGGGUCAGUGUUGACUCUUGCGUCAAGGGAGGUCUGGGUCGUAAACUGAUGCACGACAAUGCAGUCAUGACAAGAGCGCUUAGCCCUCCGCACACACACGUCCCCUGGGUCACCUUCAACGGGGAAUUCACAGAAGAGUAUGAAGACAAAGCCAUGUCGUCUCUCUUCACUUUGGUUUGCAAUCUUUACAAGGGCGUGAAGCCUCCAACCUGCAACGGAGCCCUGGUCAGACUUGACAGAGGCUUCUGCUGA